AUGAAGUCAAUCUUAAAAUCAAAAACGCAACCACAACCACAACUUUCAUUAUAUGGAAGAAUUCCUCAUAAUGUAUUAGCAAGUUUAUCUUUAUCCGCUUCUACCUCCACUAAUGACAAAGUUGAUGAUUUUGGAGAAGAUUCUGUUUGGAAUAUACCGAAUGAAGCUUGGGAGUGGAAUACUAUUGAGUCAAAAAAUUAUUAUCAACAAUCAUCAAUUAAUACUUCGUUAAACUCAAAUAUUUCUUCUGCCGCUAUCACAACCACCAAAACUUCUUCAAUUACAACGCCAUCAUCAUCUGCAAUCAACAUCAAUAAUACCACUACUACCUCCGAUCAAUUAUCUCCAUACUUAUUCUCUAUGUCGGACACUGGAAAUCAUCUUGUGAGUGCAACACCUGAUCUUUUUGUGGUUAUGGCUUUAGAUAAAGCCAGGAAAGAGUAUGAAGUUAUUGGAGAAUUUAAAGGACACUUUGAACGAGGUGAAAAAAUAACUGCAAUAUUAUGUUUACCAUUUUUCAUGCCAUCAGCUUUCAAAAGUCAAAUCUUUGUUAUAAUUGGUUAUAACACUGGAUACUUGAGAAUUUUUACUCAGUCAGGGAGUUUACAAAUAUCACAGCAACUAGACACUUCUCCAAUAAUUUCAAUAAAACUACGCACUGCAACAUUCCCUACAUUCUCAUUACCAAUAUCCAUGCAUUCACAUUAUCAUGAUUACAAUCAAAAACUUUCAUCAUUUUCAGAAUCGUUAGAUGAAGAGAUCACUAUAUUACAUGAAGGUGGUAAAGUUGUUAGUAUUGAUGGGAAAAGUUUAUGGACAGUUCUAAGAGUUUGCAACAGCCAUUACUAUAAUGAUUGUCAUCAUAAUCAACAACGACAACACCAGAAAUUCAAUUCAACACCAGAGUUUUUUGGUGGAAAUGGAGGUAUUGAUGGUGAUGAUGGGUCUACUACAGCGUUUGCAUAUAAGAAGUGGUAUUUUGAGGGCAGAGGAAAAGUUUUUGAUGUAGUAAGCUGUGGACCAUCAAAACACUGGACAACACAUGUACUUGACAGAUCAUUAGUUUCAUCUUCGUCAAGUACUGCUUUGUUUUCAUUUCAAGCAAAGGAAAGAUAUAUUGCUGUUGGAUCAAAUCCAAUGUUAUCAUAUUAUGCAACAUCUGAUUCUAGUAAACCUUUUUUGUCAGCAGUGUCUAUUGCAAGCAUGGUUGCCAAUAAAGUUUCAAAUGCUGUUUAUUCAUUAGCCAAGACUUUAUUAACUGCAGCUAGUGCAGCUAAACCUAUACCUAUGAUUUUGGCAUUAAAUGACUCAAAUAGAAAAAUUUUAUCAAUAGUUAUGUCACCUGCUGCGGCUGAUGGAAAAUAUCAAUUAGCAGCUUUGACUGAUUCGUUAGGGAGGGUGACUUUAAUUGAUGUAGAAGAAGGCGAAAUUGUAUUAAUGUUUAAAGGAAUAAGAAAUGCACAAUCCACAUUAUCAUCAUCAAAAGUAUCAGUCACCUCAACCAACAGUAGGAAAAAGUCUAGUACCAAAAGAAUUACAUUAUUUUUAGUUAUUUAUUCACCAUUUCGAGGAAUAGUUGAAAUAUAUCAUAUGAGACAUGGUAGACGUGUAGGUAACUUUACAAUUGGACAAGGAUGGAAUCUCUUAACCACAGUUUCAUCACCACUUGGAUAUGGUUUGAGUGGCGAAGUUAGAUUGAUAGAUGUUCCAUUUGGAUGUGCUAUAAAGAAACAAGUUAACCAUUUACAUGUAUUUAAAAAUCUCAUUCGUAAAUAUGGAACUUCAACCUUUAAGGAAGAGAUCACUUCAGAGUUGAUGAAAAUACUUGAACAAAUACAAGAUUCAAAUAAAAAAUUAGAAGCAUUGAUGUCAAUUCCAGAUAGUUUACCACCUACGUUUCAUUUGAUUGCAACACAAUCAUCAAUAAAUUGUUUAGGAAUGUUGGACUCAUUUGAUUUUUUAGAGUACGCACACGACUUGUUAGAUAAUAUGAAAAAUGGUAAAAAGCAGGAUUUCACAAAAAUUAUAAGAUUAAAAAUUGUGUUAAGGGAACAUUUAUUACAUAUUUAUGAAACAUUAGAAGGCAUCGGGCCAAAUAGUUUUAUGUCAUUAUUUAUAUUAAAUAAUUUAGAGAAAAUCAAUGAUGAUGAUGAGUUUUUAUUGCUUGAUGAUAAAAUUGAUGAUAACAAGAAAUUACAAUUAGUCAAUUUUCUAUUUAGACCAUUAAUAUUAUCAACAACAUCAGAAGAAUGGAUUGAGGCUAUUAGAAAGCGAAUUCCAACACCAAAUAGAAUCUGGUUAAAUUUAUUUUUAUUUUGGUUUAAAAAUACAAAUGUUGGACAUUCAUUAUUAUUAGCAUUUUGUUGUAAAUAUGAAUCACCAUUUAUUGAAUCAUUUGAGAUUGAUUGGAAUAAUUUGAUUCAAAAAUUAGAAAUCUGCUGGAAAUUAACUAAAAAUAUUAAAAAUAUUAACAAAGAUAUUGAUGAUGAUUUAGAAAUUGGAUUAACUGCUGAAAAUUUAAAUAAGUGUGAAAAAACCAGUAUUACAAGAAUUGUUGCAAUUAAUAAUUUAUAUGGGAAUAAUAUGUCGAUAGAUUUAUCAUCAAGCUAUAAUGAAUAUGAAAAUUCUGAUUUAUCUAUAAUUUAUAAAAGUUGGAUAUUAUGUAAAUUAUAUGAGAAAAAUAUCACCAGAACAGAUUUAUUGGAAAAAUCAAUUGAUCAAAUUAUAUUUAAUAUCAAAGAUGAUUUAUUAAAAAAUGGUUUAUUAUACUCAAUUUGGUAUAAAAUAUGUUUGCAAAAAUCAACUUCUAUUAUGAGUUUAAUUGAAAAAACUCAUAAAACACCAAAAGACGAAUUGGCAAUAAAGCAUUGCGGAAUGAAUGGGGAGACAAUUAAAAAGUUUCUAUCAGUUAGCAAGAAACUCUUGGAAUCAUUUAUUUUAGAUGAUGAUAAAAUAAAAGUUAAAAAUAUUUUAAAAUCUGUUAGACAACUAUUAAUCAUUCAAAAUAAUGAUGAUGACUUGUAUAAUAAGAGUGAAUCUUAUUAUAAUGAUAUUAUUGGGGCACAAGAAAAAGAAGCAUCAGAUCUUUCAUCAGAUGCUUCAGUUACAGCUGUAACAGUAAUUUCAGUGGGAGAAGUGCUGAUUUCAGAUGUGGUAGCAGAAUCUCUAGAAUGUUGA